AUGAUCUCGAAUCCGUAAUCGUACUCGGCCACCAGGAAUUAUAUAUAUAUCAUAUAUAUAUCACGAGCAAAAGCCUCAACUGUAUCUCCGGAUAGCCAUGCUUCCGGGUUACAGUCAUCACUCACUCGGCAUCUGUUUACGGAUAUCAUGGAGGUCAUGUUGUGGACCUUCACCUCCAUCCUCCAUCGGGAAGCUCCCAAGGUCUCUUGUGAAACUGCAAUCGGGAAAAGGCCUCACUGUCCAACUAUUCAACUAUCCAAACGUCCGGAAUAUGUUCUGUUUACAACGUCUACGCCCGCGAGCGAGGAGGCAUGAGCCUUGGGAAUAUUAUAUAUAAAUUCAGUGAACCUGUCCUUGCUGACAUUCGCCGCCACAUACCCCUUAGUGCUGAUCCCUGCCGGCCGCGAACCUUUUUCAUAGGUAGCUCACAACGUCAUUGCCAAAAAAACCCCCCCCCAGCUUGUGAAGAAACCCGAAACCCACAGCUCUCCCAAACCCAGUCCAGCGUGAUGUCUAUAGUGGCAGACCAGGUCCGACGCGUCGACUCGCAGUUGGACAGACUGCAGCUCGCACACCUCAAAUCCGCCACCUCUUCACCUGCACUGAACUACAGACGCCUUUCUACCACCUCCGAGGCCACCGAACAAAUAUCUACCUCCCCGCAAAUCGAAGAGCUCCAGGUCCUCAUCAAAGCCCUCUCAGCGACUUCGUCGUCGAAAGCACUCCUCCCAGCAUGGCGGAUCUCGAUGCUCCUCGGGCAGGCGGGCCUGUCAGAAGGUGAAGUCAAUGCACUAGGCGAGACAAAGAGUCCGUAUGAGAAGGAGCUAGAGUGGCUCCUGGUCAGCAAAGCGACGGUGCAAGCGUACGGCGUGCUCCUGAACACUCUGCUGGAGCAGACGAUCCCGCUCAGCAACGACAUAUGGUACUGGGACGAGGUGCUCGGGUCGUACACGUCCACGGCCAUCUACACGAUUCAGACCUCGCCGCUGCGGUUCUGGGACUGGACGAAGGAUAUCUACGAGGAUUCGCGGGAGAGGUUCUCCAGACUAAGGGAGGCGCCCGAGGAGACACUUUCAGCUACGGCAAUUGGCACGAGCGUUACGGCGCGGUGGAAGACGUUUUACGGAUUAGUGAGGGAUAGCAUCCGCGAGCGGUCGGUCACGGAUAUUCAAGCGAGAGUUCUCUCUCCGCUGGCGAAAUCGCGGUCCGAGGCACGCCGGAAGCAGGCGGGUCUGAGGCGCCUGAGGGAGAUGAGCGCAAGUGGCCUUGGAGUGCUUAUGGAUGAGGGUCUCAACUUUGAUAUUAGCGAAGAUAGCACUGGGAUUCAGAGCACGGACAGCGACUGGAACGUCGUGGUCGAGCGCAGUGUGGCGCUGAUGGAUACGGUGCUACGCAACGUGACGGCUCUGGAGACGGGGGUUUCGGAGUUCGAGGACAUGGUCUUUGCGACCGUGGCGAACGACCCGGAGAUCUCGUCGCGGAGUAUGGGAAUGGGCGAGCUGAGAGACAAGCCAGCGAAGCUGUGCAAGCGACUCCAGAAUAUCCUCAGCACCCACAUCCCAGCACACGUCCAGGCGCAGCAACACCUUCGAUCCCAGUACGGCCGUCCCAACCGCCUCGUGCGCUACUGGCUCCCAGCCACCGCGCUCCUCCUCUCCUCCACCACCAUCCUGCGCAUCGUAGUAAACCGCAAAGCCGCCAUCCUCGAAUGGAUCCAAGACCUCGGCUCCACCAUGCAAGAUUUCUGGAUGAACUGGAUCGUCGACCCGACUAAAAAGAUCAUCAAAACAAUCCGCCACGACGAAGGCAGCGAAGUCGCUAUUAUGAGCCGAGAGUCUCUCAAAGGUGACCGCGAUAGCCUUGAGCGCAUGGUCGUUGACUUCGCUAUUGAUAACCCGCAGGCCGCUGGCAUGGGCGGCGGCUCCCUGAACGAUGCACAUAUAGCUGAGAUCCGCGCGAAGGUUAAGGAGGGCGACUUGACGCCGGUGCUGCGCGCAUAUGAGAAGGAUCUGCGCCGCCCGUUCGUGGGAACCGUGCGGGGCGACCUGGUGCGCACGCUGCUGAUCCAGGUGCAGAAGACGAAGGUGGAUGUUGAGGUUGCGCUGAGUGGGAUCGAUGCCCUUCUCAAGAGCCAGGAACUCGUGUUUGGCUUUGUCGGGCUGACGCCGGGGUUCUUGGUGUGUAUAGGUGUUGGGAGGUACAUCAGUGGGAUGUUUGGCGAGAGGAGGGGACAGAAGUAUGGGCAUAGGGCUGGGCAGAUGAUACGGGUUCUACGGAAUAUCGACCGUAUCCUGACGACAUCGACGCCGUCGCCGAGUGGGAUUUUGUCUUAUAAGGACCAUGGGUUGCUGCUCUGUGAGGUUCAUGUGCUGCGCUCCAGGGCGGCGAAGCUGUUCCCGGGCGAGGUGGAGAGGGAGUUCUUUGAGGAUGUGAAUGAACUGGGGGACAUCUCGAUAGGGAUUGAGAGGCAGCUGAAGGUUGUGCAGCGCAUCAGGUGGGCAUAUGGGAAGUGGCUGUCCAAAUGAGCGGGCAUGCAAAGCGUUGCCCUGCCCCGUACUGGGUUCUAGAAUCUACAGUGCCAUAUGACCACAUAUGAAAAUUUGACGUGUACUAGACCACAGUAUAAUAAAGAAGCGCCUCAUUUUAUAAUAGAACAAGCUCCAUCGAGAACCAAGGAC